AUGGCUGACAAUAUUGCGGAAAGGAUGUGGAUAAAUAACUAGUUCACUGACGAAAGGAAGUUGCAAUUUUAACCCUUUAGGACCCGCAACAUGGGCUGCAGACUAAAGGAGAAUCCAGAAGGCCUUUUUGUCGCAUUCUUUGAAGUGGCUGCCCCUGUUGAUAAAAAGUCGGCUCCACAGAUCGUAUCCCAGUUCCCGGAUGAUUUUGUCGACAUUGGUGUAACCAAAGAGUUGCCAAAAUUCUGUUUCCCCUGUGACCUCAGUAGGUAUAAUCCAGCAGGUCAGCAUUUUACGUUUGUACUGACGGGACUCGACAAUAAACAGAGGUUUGGGUUCUGCCGGCACCCGCCUGGCGCCAAAACAUGUCUAUGCAUUCUAAGUUACUUGCCAUGGUUCGAGAUAUUCUACAAAAUUCUCAACCAAAUAGCGGAGCUCAAGCAUCAUGAUAAUAAUGAUGUCGCUGAUCAGCUGAUACUGAAGCUCUUUGAGGCUGAGGUUCCCAACGCCUAUACACAGUGUCAGAUCUCUAUAGCUGGUGACGUCCCAGUGGAGAUGAAAUUUGCAGGUCCAGAUAGCAAAGCAUUGCCUAGAAUACCUGACAAUCGGAACAUGGUGGAAUACUUCAGUGCAGUCAACCCCCUGAACAUGAUGACACUAUUUGCUAGUCUUCUAAACGAAAGGAGGGUCUUAGUUACUUCAGAAAAGCUGAGUAGGUUAGCAGCGAUAGUUCAUGGAUCUGCGUCCUUACUUUACCCCCUCUAUUGGCAGCAUAUCUACAUUCCAGUCAUGCCGGCUCAUCUCAUCGAUUACUGUUGCGCUCCGAUGCCGUUCUUCGUUGGUGUUCAUUCCUCGUUCAUGCCGCAAGUGCGCAAGAUGGCGCUGGAUGAGGUGGUUAUACUCAACGCAGACACCAACAAGAUUGAGACGCCAUUUGACGAUCUUCAAGCAUUCCCCCCAGAAGCUGUGAGUGAGCUGAAGAAGAAUCUUAAGAAUGAAAACCUCUUCUAUGGAGACGGAGUAGCCAGGUCCUUUCUCAAGACACUUGUUUAUCUACUAGGAGGAUACAGGGAAGCAGUCAGGAUCAAGACUGGCACUGAGAUCGGUUUUGAUCAGGAGGUGUUUGUACAAUGUAGAUCACGCAACAUGCAGCCAUUCUUAGAGAAAUUAUUACAAUUGCAACAUUUCACUCAGUUUAUAGAUGCGAGAGUGCAGCUGAUCAAAUCAGGGAUGCCCAUCAAUGAUCUCUUCGAGGAGGAAUUGGAGAUUGCUAAGCAAGACGGAAGUCUCUCCAGCAAGAAUUUGAAGGAGACAUUGAGGAUGCAUCUUAUAUCGGCUAGAACCGAUGGCAAAAAAAUGUUUAAAGAUGCUCAGAAAAAGGUACAACAGAGGAUGAUACAAGCCCAUGGUUCAAUAAGACCAAAGGCUAAUCCUGCGGCAAUGAAACAGAAGCUGAAAGAGACUCGGGACUUUGCCAACAAGCAGUUGAGCGGCAUGAAGACUAAACUCAUCAAGGGCAAGGAAACUGAAGAUCUUGACCUGCAGUCUAAGACCAACCACCGUCACACCACCUACCUAGACAUCUCUUUACCUCUCCCUGCCUCUAGCGCACCUACGUCACCCUCAGUCAGCCCAAAUCAAAGCCCGCUCAGUAUCCGAAGUCUGGAUGUAAGGAGGAAAACAACAAGCGUGAAAUCUUCGGAGGGAUAUUCCAGUCGACCAAUGACUAUGGCUGGAAUACCGAUCCCAAAUCGCCAACUGUCAGAUGACGCAAGUCCGCGUUUACCGCCCAAGAGUAAGACGAGAUCAUACCAGUCGUUUGAUCCCAGCGCCUUGGAGGCAAGCACGCAGGAAGAAGACCCACCCUCCGACAUGAACCUUCUAGACGAUCUCCAGGAGGUGCUGCAAAGCAUCUCAACAGGACAGAUACCAUCCGCCAAGGAGAGGAAGCUAUCAGCGGAUGAUACACCGGUUCCGAUGCCGCGACGGAAGAAAGUUGAGCGCCCACUCAUCCCUCCCCCGCCCAUUCCUCCAAGGCGAGAACGCCGGAUGGGCCCCACAUCAAACGAAACAUUGAUUGAUAUCAGUAAUGGUGAUAGGACUCAGAUCCAUGGUGACGGCUCCACCGUGGUGCAGAAUCCACUGGGAGUCGACUGCGAGGAUAACACCCUUGCUUUCCAGUCAGUCCACGUGAACAAUAAUGCUGGCAUGUCCUACAUGCAGGAGGAGAUCCCGCGAAACACGUCAGCGACAACCCUCCUGUCGGAUUACGGACUCAACUUCGGUGUACCACUCUCUGUCGAUCAAGAGAGGGCGCCAUCAUCCACGCAUAAUCUUUGCGUGCCGGGUCUCAGAGCCACCAGCAGCAGCCCAAACUUGGAGAGCUACACCUCCAGCAGGAAUCCCUCCCAACAGGUUCUAGUAGAGCAGCCUCCCGCGAGUACCCUUCCUGAUCUACUCUGUCCAGCCAACACCUUACCAAGACAAACCAUGAACCUGGUCCCAGUGUCGAGUGGACAGGAGAGGCUGCUGGCCAAACAGACACUCGGCCAGUACCAGGUUCACUCUCACAUACAGCAAGUCCCGCUACAGCCUGCUGCCGCGGCUGAGAACCCGUUUCAGGCCGCUGCCGGUUCCAAAGAUCCGUUUGCUGACCUUGUUUCAAUCCAACGACAGGGAGUAACGAGCCCUACGUGGAAAAAGUAACACCAUUCAAGAAGGAUGGCCAUGCUGCAUUAUGAACUACUGACCUUUGGCAAGCACCUUUAGUUAACCCUCCUCAUCCAUAGUAAGGUAUCCCCCUAUAACAAAUAUGACGCUGUGCAUCAUUAAAGGUAGGCUUUCGCUCUCUAUUUUUUUUUCUUCUCGGAAUUCCCUUCAGGAUACAACCCGGGCCAACUUUCAUGGAGCUGCUUAAGUGCAGAAAUUAGCUAAGCACAACAAAAUAAUGCUUACCAGAAUGAGGUUAC